AUGAUUUACACUGACUUCCUCUGCCAAGUUUACCGGUGUGUGGCCCACCCCCCAGCAUCACACAAUAUUACCCCAACCGGGGCGGUGUCGGAUAUCGCACCCGGCGGUCACUUGCACGAAACAACCUUCCGUACUUUCCUCAACCGGCGGCAACCAUCGGACGAAAACACACCCCCUUUAUCUGACCUUUCCACACCGAAAAUCUGCACAAAAACCUCCCUUGGCAACAUAGCGUAG